GGGGGAGGGGAGGAGGGAGGCUCUGGGGCAGGAGUAGCCAGAGCAGGGAAUUGUUUGGGAGUUCAGUCAUCCAAAAGCCGUCUCCCGUAUGGAGGGUCUGGCUUCCCGCAUCCCGGCGCCUCUUCCCUCCUCCUCCUCCUCCUCCUCCUCCUCCUCCUCCUCCUCCUCCUCCUCCUCCCGCCGCGCCUGAGCUCUGUGCGGCCCCCUCAUCCUCAGCAGCAACCCGCAGAAAAAACACAACCACCACCCCCAAACCAAGGGUCCCCCACCUUCCCCUUCCCCUCGAAAAAAAACAGGCUUUCCCCCUCUCUUUUUCGUUUUCUUUUUUUUUUUUUUUCCCCUCUCUGUAUGUGUGUGUGCUGAAUUCCCUGCAGAUCCGGCCUGGAAGUUCCCAGCUCCUGGAGUUAAGCCUCUUUGUUGCUUCCCUUCGUUUGGGGCAUCUUUGUGUUUUCCCCCGCCUGCUCCACUGGAGACCGCGGAAUCUGCUGCCGCACAUCCACUGCAUCCCCUGAGGCAGCUUAUGGGACCCUUCCCUGGGCACCCCAGGACACGCCGCAUGGGAUGGCAAUGACACGUGGAAAGAAGAGACCCAUGUCCCCCAUCCCUUGCCUCAUCCUUGCAGCCGCUAGCUGCUUUGCCAGCCUGAGUGAAUCUCUGCAGGUCACGGUGCAACCUGCCUCCAUUGUCCAAAAGCUGGGGGGCCCAGUCAGCCUGGGGUGUAUGGUGGACCCCCCUCGAGUGAACCUCACCUGGAGGCUGAACGGGAAGGAGCUGGCUGGAUCGGACGCGGUGCUGGGUAUCCACAUCGAGCGAGGGAAACUCGUCAUCACGGCUCUCAACAACCACACCGUGGGGCGAUACCAGUGCAUCGCUCGCGUGCCAGAAGGAGUCAUUGCCAGUGUCCCUGCAGUGGUCACAUUGGCUAAUCUCAAAGAUUUCAAGUUCGAUGGCCAGCACGUGAUCGAGGUGGAUGAAGGGAACACGGCCGUGAUCGCCUGCGACCUGCCUGAAAGUCACCCCAAGGCUCAGGUCCGCUACAGCGUGAAGCAGGAGUGGCUAGAGGCCUCCCGCGACAAUUACCUUAUCAUGCCAUCUGGGAACCUUCAGAUCGUCAAUGCCAGCCAAGAGGAUGAGGGGACUUACAAAUGUGCUGCCUACAACCCUGUGACGCAGGAGGUGAAAACCUCAGUCUCCAGUGAGAGGCUCCGUGUGAGACGCUCCACAGCGGAGGCAGCUCGGAUAAUCUACCCGCCCGAAGCUCAGACCAUCAUUGUCACCAAGGGCCAAAGCCUCAUCCUGGAGUGCGUGGCCAGCGGGAUCCCCCCGCCGCGGGUCACCUGGGCCAAAGAUGGCUCCAGCGUCUCCGCGUACAACAAGACGCGCUUCCUGCUCAGCAACCUCCUGAUUGACCCCACGAGUGAGGAGGACUCGGGCACCUACAGCUGCACGGCUGACAAUGGGGUUGGGGACGCCGGAGCCGCCUUCAUCUUCUACAACGUGCAGGUGUUUGAGCCCCCGGAGGUCACCAUGGAGGUGUCCCAGCAGAUCAUUCCCUGGGGCCAGAGCGCCAAGUUCACCUGCGAGGUGCGAGGGAACCCCCAGCCCUCCGUCAUGUGGCUGCGCAACGCCGUCCCCCUCUCCGCCAGCCACCGGCUCCGGCUCUCCCGCCGGGCGCUGCGGCUGGUCAGCGUGGGGCCCGAGGAUGAUGGCAUCUACCAGUGCAUGGCGGAGAACGAGGUCGGCAGCGCGCAAGCCAUGGUGCAGCUGAGGACAGCCAGGCCAGGAGCAACGCUCAACCCUGGGCGAGAUGCCCAGCUGGGCUCGGCUCAGCCUCCAACACCACCUUCCAAGGACAGUGCCUUAAAGCUGCCCCUGGAUAAAGCAGGCCCGCCAAAGCCUGGGACGACCCCGCUGGCAGCAUCUCCACAGUGUGCAGCCAACAGGGAGCUGGUGUCUCCAGCCGAGGCCCCCGUCAUCCUCAGUUCUCCCCGGACAUCCAAGACGGACAGCUACGACCUGGUGUGGAGACCCCGGCCCGACAGCAGAGCCCCCAUCCUCUAUUACGUGGUGAAGCAUCGCAAGCAGGUCACCAAUGCCUCGGACAGCUGGGCAGUGAGGGACGUCCCAGCCUCGCAGCAUCGUCUGACCCUCACCAGGCUGGACCCUGGGAGCCUCUACGAGGUGGAGAUGGCUGCUCACAACUGUGCUGGCGAGGGACAGACGGCCAUGGUGACCUUCCGGACCGGCCGGCGCCCAAAACCAGAGAUUGUUGCCAGCAAAGAGCAGCAAAUCCAGAGGGACGACCCAGGCACGAGCACUCAGAGCAGUAACCAGUCCGACAACAGCCGUCUGUCCCCUCCGGAGGCACCAGACCGCCCAACCAUCUCCAUGGCGUCUGAGACAUCUGUGUACGUGACCUGGAUCCCCCGUGGGAACGGCGGGUUCCCUAUCCAGUCUUUCCGUGUGGAAUAUAAGAAAUUGAAGAAGUUGGGAGACUGGGUCCUGGCCACCAGCGACAUUCCUCCCUCUCGCCUCUCUGUGGAAAUCCCAGGCUUGGAGAAAGGCACAUCCUAUAAAUUCCGUGUCCGGGCACUGAACAUCCUUGGAGAGAGCGAGCCCAGCGCGGCGUCUCGGCCGUAUGUGGUGUCUGGGUACAGCAACCGAGUGUACGAGCGCCCUGUGGCCGGGCCAUACAUCACCUUCACCGAUGCCAUCAACGAGACCACCAUCAUGCUGAAGUGGAUGUAUAUCCCAGCCAGCAACAACAACACGCCCAUCCAUGGUUUUUACAUCUACUACCGCCCCACUGACAGUGACAAUGACAGCGACUACAAGAAGGACGUGGUGGAAGGAGACCGGUACUGGCACUCCAUCAGCCACCUGCAGCCAGAGACCUCGUAUGACAUUAAGAUGCAAUGCUUCAACGAGGGUGGCGAAAGCGAGUUCAGCAACGUGAUGAUCUGUGAAACCAAAGCUCGGAAGUCUCUCAGUCUGCCAGGUCGUCUUCCACCCUCCACAGUGCCCCCCCAGCAGCGUCCCCCCCUCAGUGGUGGGCACAGUGGCCUGGGGACAGGAGCCAUGGUGGCCCGUUCCAGUGACUUGCCGUACUUGAUCGUAGGCGUUGUGCUGGGCUCUAUUGUACUCCUCAUCGUGGCUUUCAUCCCCUUCUGCCUUUGGAGAGCCUGGUCCAAGCAGAAGCAAACCAUUGACAUGGGCUUCCCAGGAGCUGGGCUGCUGGUGUCGUCCUGCCAGUACACCAUGGUGCCGCUGAGGGGCAUCUCUGCUCCUCGUGCCAACGGACACCCCUAUGUUAACGGGCAGCCCUACGCCAACGGGGCCCAUCUGAAUGGCAUCUGCCCCGCUGCAGGGGUGGGGUAUGCAAGCACCAAGCCCCGAGAUUACAGUCCAGAUGAAGCGCCACCGUCACACGAGGAGACCAACACCUUGCUGCAGGCGAGAGUGCUGCAAAACGGGACUGCCCAGCGAGACUACCAGCCCUCCAGAUUGCCCAACUCAAGAACAGAAGACAGCUCAUUCCUCUACAGUCUCCCAGAUGACUCUACUCACCAGCUUCUUCAGCCACAAGAUGACUGUCCUCACCUUCAAGAGCACUUUGUUGGCCUCCAUCAUCCAGUGAUGGGCAGCAAAGUGGGAGGCCCUAGCCUGGACGCGCGACGGGAUCCCCUGUUCCACCAAGGAAGCCCUUGCUGCCUAGGCCUAGUGCCGGUCGAAGAGGUAGAAAGACUAGACUGCUGCCAGUCCAGAGGAGAUCUCCAUCCCCAGAAUCCAGUGAUCACAUCUCUGGGUCAGGACCUACCAAGACACCUGAACAGCAGCCCGCCACCACUGAGGCCCUUAGAGACUCAUUCCGCCACCAGCUAGGGACCAAGCUGCCUUUUGCAAAAGACUUAUUCUAAAGAGAAAAAGAGAAUGGGUAUUUAUUUUUGUAUAACACCCCUAUUUAUAUAUUUAUGCACUUGUAUAUAGAUGUAUAUGUGCCUUUUAUAAUGCUAUAGAGACAGAAGGCAUCCUCAGCACGGUCACAGGAGGGCCCAGGAAACAAGGCAGCAGCUACUCCUGGCACCGGGCUGUUCAUCAGAGCACAAGACUGAAACAGCAGCACAAAAGACGUUGCAGGACACGGGUCCAAGGAGAGCUGCCACCACCAAGAUCUAGCACCCUCUUGCAGUGAGGGCUUCACGAAAGAUUACACUGCCAAAACGGUCUUUUCCUCUCCCCUGCGAGAAGGUUUGGCCCAGGAACUCCCUUCUGUGAAUGGACUGGAGUUAUGCACUCUGCCUAACCAACUGCACCAACCCUUCACAUACACGCCAUCUGCAGCCACGUAUCUGUAAAGACAAACCCACGCUUUAACAUCUAAAAUAAAGGCUUUAGUCUUUCCUGUGA